AUGGGCGACCAGCGACGGUCGUCAGGGCCGGGGGCGGCUUGGAAGCAUGGGUCUUGGAUGCUGUUGACAGUACAAUAUACCACCUUCGUCCUGCUAGUACACUACUCCCGAAUGAUGCCUCCCACUGGUGGCAAGCGAUAUCUCACAUCGACCGCCGUCUUCUUCAACGAGGUCGUGAAGCUCGCCAUCUCCCUAACGUUGGCACUAUACGAAGUCUCCAAAUCCGCUCCGCCAUCGGUGCCCGCGACGUCCCUCCUCUCUACUCUCGCAGCGAAUAUUUUCUCUGGCGACAGCUGGAAACUAGCUAUCCCGGCCGCUCUUUAUACGAUGGCGAACUCGCUGCAAUAUAUUGCGCUCUCGAAUUUACCGGCGGCGACAUUCCAGACCUCAUACCAGCUGAAGAUAGUCGUGAGCUCUGUGUUUGGGUUCAUACUGCUGCAGAGGAGUGUUCCCCUGCGGAAAUGGGGCUUAAUCCUCCUGCUCGUUGCGGGCGUUGCAAUUGUCAAUUUGCCUGUUACCAACUCGGAUGAGCUCUCGCUCGACGGUGCAGCGACUCAUAUGGACUUCCCUCGGUCAUUGGAGGAGUGGAAGUCGGCUAAGUUGCAGGGUCAGGGCUUGCACAAGCGCUCUGCUACGUACGAGGGCAUUGAGGAGGAUAUCCUGACUGCAACACCAUCUAUGGACCGAAUUGUUGGCAUCCUUGCUACCCUUGGUUCUUGUGCUGCCUCCGGUAUCUCAGGAGUGUAUUUUGAGAAAGUGAUACGAGAUAGUGCGAAAUCCACGUCGCUUUGGGUGCGCAACGUGCAGAUCGCGGUCUACUCUAUCUUUCCAGCCCUGUUCAUUGGUGUGGUUUUCUUGGAUGGUGAGAAGAUCGCCAAUGGUGGGGUGUUUGACGGAUACAACUGGGUAGUUUGGGCCACUGUCGUGGUGCAAGCCCUCGGAGGGAUUGCUGCACCUUUUUUUGCUGGACCGGGCUUUGCGGAUGCUAGGAAUGUCGCCUCGGCCACCACGAUUAUUCUGACAUCCUUGGGUAGCGUGUGGCUAUUUGACUUUGAGCCAACUCUGACUUAUCUCCUUGGCACUUUCGCAGUCCUAGUUGCUACCUAUCUCUGUGAGCUUCCAAGCUCAGACCCCAAGCUUCGCCCACCGCCGAUUCGGGUCGGACGCUACGAGAAGGAAAGUAAGAGUGACCAGCCUUCGCCUGCUUCUUCGUCUCCCAAGGAGAUCUCCAUCAAGCUUCCAACCACGCCCUUUUUGUCCGAUGCGGGAAUCUCAACGUCCCGACCUACGUCGCCCGGCGUCACCAGGUCCGGCGCCUCGAGGUCUUCAAGCGGCGGGUACUUUUAA